CUCCUGGCCGUGAUUCAUGGAAUUAAGUGACCUACAGCGUGAUCCACCUGCUCACUGUUCCGCUGGACCCGUGGGAGAUGACCUGUUCCACUGGCAAGCAACUAUUAUGGGGCCUCCUGAUAGCGCAUAUCAAGGUGGAGUCUUCUUUCUCACUGUACAUUUUCCGACAGACUAUCCUUUUAAACCACCAAAGAUUGCUUUCACAACAAAAAUUUAUCAUCCAAAUAUAAACAGUAAUGGAAGUAUUUGUCUUGAUAUCCUGAGGUCACAGUGGUCACCAGCUUUGACUGUAUCAAAAGUUUUAUUGUCCAUAUGUUCUCUACUUUGUGAUCCUAAUCCAGAUGACCCCUUAGUACCAGAUAUUGCACAAAUCUAUAAAUCAGACAAAGAAAAAUACAACAGACAUGCAAGAGAAUGGACUCAGAAAUAUGCAAUGUAAAAUCAAAAAAACCUUUUCAUAUAUAACAGUACUGUAAAAUCUAGAUUUUUUUUCAACAUUAACAGUAAAUUGAGCGCUGUUUACUGUUUCGUUGUACCAUGAAACCCUUUGAUUUUUACCCAUUUUAAAUGUGUUUCUGAAGCAAGACAAAAAUUUCCAAAAAUACCCUUAAGACUGUGAUGAGAGCAUUUAUCAUUUUGUAUGCAUUGAGAAAGACAUUUAUCAUGGUUUUUAAGAAACUUGGACAUCUGCAUCUUCAGCUUACAAGAUCUACAAAGCAGCUGAAAAGCAACCAAAUUAUUUUUUGCUGAAACUAGAUGUUUUUACAUGAGAAAUACUGUAUGUGUUGUCUGAGAUGUCGUCACUUUUAUAAAUCUGUAUUCAGAUUUCAUUCUUUGUUAGCUCACUUUAUAAUUUGUAUUUUUUUACUGUAUAGACUAAAUAUAUUCUAUUUACAUGUAUGUCAAUUCGUUAUGUUUUUCCUGUGAACAGUAUUGAAAAACCCCAACAGCUGAUAAUUAAAUGAAUUAACUGUGUCUCUCUUGUCUUAGGAUAUUCUGUAGACUGAUUGCAGAUUUCUUAAACCUGAAUGAUCUUUACACUGUAAUCCUCAGUAUACUGAUUAUGGAGAAACACUUGUUUUGAUUUUGUUAUACUUGACUUAACUUUAUUGCAAUGUGAAUUAAUUGCACUGCUAAGUAGGAAGAUGUGUAACUUUUAUUUGUUGCUAUUCAUUUCACAUUUGAAUUUUUUUCUGUAUAGGCAAUAUUAUAUUGACACCUUUUACAGAUCUUACUGUAGCUUUUUCCAUAUAAAUAAAAUGCUUUUUCUACUAUUUGUCUUGAUUACUUAAAUAAACAAAAAUUACUUUAUCUGUAACUAAGGAUCAAAACUCUAUGAAAUUCUGCAUGUAAUUUGUUUCCAAAGUGUGAAAAUGAGGUCUACUAUAUUUGGUAUUAAUCACCAUUACUACUUAUAUAUAAAUUUGUUCUAGAUUAGCAUCUCUUUACUAAAUUGUCUGUCUGUAAGAUGAUUUACCUUGGUCCCUUGCUAUAGAUAAGAAUUUAAAAGAAGUCAGGGUUUCUUUUGGCUCACAUCUAAGAUGGAUUAUUUGCAGAAAUACAUUUCUU